AAAUUCAGACUGGAUCUGGAAAAACGUACACAAUGGGAACUGGAUUUGACGUGAAUGUGAUGCCCGAAGAAAUAGGAAUAAUACCAAGAGCCAUGCAACAUUUAUUUGAUGGUAUUAAACAGAGACAAGAGGAAGCUAAAGAAAAGGGAAUGAUACCACCUGAAUUCAAAAUUAAUGCUCAAUUUAUGGAGCUAUAUAAUGAAGAAAUCUUAGAUUUGUUAGACACUGCAAGAGAUCCUGAACAAAAAGGGAAAAAGUCUCAUAUUAAAAUCCACGAAGAUGCAAUUGGAGGAAUUUAUACUGUAGGUGUAAUAACUCAGCCAGUAACAAGUGUAGAGGAGACGAGGCGUUGUCUAAGGAUGGGUGCUUUGUCUAGAACUACAGCAAGUACACAAAUGAAUUCUCAAUCUUCGAGAUCUCAUGCUAUAUUUACANGAAAAUGA